AUGUCGUCAGGGCAAAAAUCUUUGACUUCUUACUUUAAAAGGAAAGAAAAUACAGAAGAGCCAGUUAGCAAUGUAACGAAGAAAGCCAAAAUAGGCAAUGAUUCCAGUAAUAUUAUAAAUGAAGACGAUGCCAAUGCGCAAACACUUUCAAAUAAUGAGUUACCAUCUGAUACUCGAUCUAUUACUAAUGAUAAUCUUCAAUUAACUACAAAUGUAAAUGAUAAUAAAAAACGUACGUAUCAAAAAAGGUAUUCAGAUAGUUUUCCGUGGCUUUUAUAUGAACCAAAUAAAGGUGGAUUUUGUCGCAUAUGUCGUGAUUAUUGGACACCAGCAACACCAUCUUUCUCCGAAAUGAUUACAAGAACUAGAGGCGCUUUUAUUAUACAACCGUUUAUCAAUUGGAAACAUGCACCUGGUCCAAACGGAAGUUUACAAAAACAUCAAGAUUCUUAUUAUCAUAAAAUAUCUUUGGAAAAUUUAUCCUUUAGGCAACAAGAAGGAUCAGUGAUACAACAAUUACUUAAUGUUAGUGAAUUAGAACGCCAAGAAAAUCGUGAAAGAUUUGCUGAUUUAUUAGAUGCUGCAUAUUUUUUAUUUAAGCAAGAGCUUCCACAUACAACGUUAUAUUCUCCAUUAUUAGAAUUAUUAACAAAAAUUGAUCAUAGUCAGAAAUUAUCAUUAUUUUUUGAUAAAUGUAAAAAAAAUGCUAGUUAUGAUAGUACAACAACAGUGACUGAGUUAUUAGAAUCAGUUAGUGAAGUAAUUGACGAAAAGUUAUUAACCAAAAUUCGUGAAUCGAGAAUUAUUUCAAUUAUGGCUUGUAAGCUUCUCGUUAUGGUAUGUCUUAGACUCUUGCCCCACUCUAUGGUUUAGGCCAGAAGACAGUUAUAAUUAGAUCCCGGUCUGCAACG